AUGUCGCUCUUCCGAGAAUAUUUCUACAGAAAAGCUCCGGAUCGGCUCGUCGAGAUAUCCGAGCGUGUAUAUGCGUUUGAUUGUUGUUUCUCCAACGAUGUUAUGGGAGAUGAUGAGUACAAACAGUACUUGGAUGGCAUCGUAGCACAGCUGCAUUAUCUUUACCCGGAUACCUCAUUCAAAGUGUGUAACUUUAGAGCAGAAGACCAACAGAGUCAAAUAUCAACACUAUUGUCUCAAUAUGGUACGUCGGUAAUGGACUAUCCUAAUCAACACGAGAGUGUUCCGCUUUUACCUCUCCAAGUGAUCAGCCAAUUCCUAAUAUCAAGCGAGAGCUGGUUAGGUCAACAGAAUGUUCUCUUGAUGCAUUGCGAAAGAGGUUGUUUGCCUCUUCUUGAUUUUAUGUUAUCAGCACUAUUAUUGUACUACAAAAGGUAUCAUGGCGAUCAGAAGACUUUGGAGUUGGCAUAUAACCAAGCUCCUAAGGAGCUUCUUUAUCUUUCGUCUGCUCUAAACCCACAGCCUUCUCAAUUAAGAUAUCUUGGGUACAUCUCCACACGAGAUUUAGGCUCUGACUGGCCUCCUCCAGAGGCACCUCUUGUUUUGGAUUGCUUGAUUCUCAGAGGUCUCCCACAUUUUGAAGGGGUAAAAGAUUGGAGACCAAGUUUAAGGGUUCUUGGUCAGGACCAUAAAGCCCCAGCAAACAGGAGCUCCAUACUUCUUUUUUCCACACCAAAGACAAAUACCAUCUACCAACAAGUACUUUCUUAAACCAUUCUAUCUUUGUGACAUAUGGAUCUAUAAUGAUCAUUACACUGAUUUAUGCUAAUAUUCCUCCAUGUGAACUUGAAACAUUGGUUUAGUAGAAACAUCUAUACAUCAAAAAAAAAAAAAUUUAGCAGUUCAUGCCAAUCAAUAUAUUAGUUAAAACGCUUCUCUACUAAAACAAAAAUGUAUGUAUUAAUCUGCAGGAAGAGUGUAUCCAGGUGAAGUUAGAUAUCCAGUGCCAUGUUCAAGGGGAUAUUGUUCUGGAAUUAAUAAACUUGCAUGAUGAUUUGGUGCGUGAGGAGAUCGUCUUUAGAAUCAUGUUCAACACAGCAUUUGUACGUGGUAAUGUUCUAAAGGUCCAAAGC